GGAGCAGUAACGAGCAUUGUGUUUUCGGAAAUAUCGAAUAGUAAACUGGAAUUGAAACUUGGGUCUUCUUUGAGGUCGAAAUUACCUUGCCUAUGAUCUUUGUAAUUACAGAUGUUUGAUCUGUUUCAUUCAGCAUUAUACUGGGUGCUGAAGACGUACGUCAUUUAUCGCAUCGUCAGGACAGCUGUGGCUUUUUGGUCAACUAUUGCAAUAUAUGUCAUCGCUCCGCUAUUUUAUAAGCCUAAUUUUGAUCCAUACAAAGGGCGAUGGACAGUUGUUACUGGUGGGACAGACGGUAUUGGAAAGGCGUACACAAUCGAGUUGGCUAGAAAUGGACUGCGAAAAUUUGUGCUUAUUGGUCGAAAUGAAAUAAAACUACAAGAUAUGAAAACUUAUUUAGAGGGCAAAUUUGGUGCUCGUGUCCAGACAUAUUUGUUCGAUUUCUACGAUGGUGAUUAUACUGAGAUGAGAAAAUUUGUUGAGGAUAUCGAUGUUGGUUUUGUCUUAAAUAGUGUUGGUGUUGGACGAGAUCGGAUGGAGCGAUAUGGCGAUAAUCCAGAAGCUGAUCGCAGAUUGCUUAAAGUGAAUGGAUUAGGUGCCGCUGAAUUCUUGUCAAUAGUUCUACCUACAAUGGAAAAGAAUGGUGGUGGACAGAUUGUUGUCUUGUCAUCUUGCCAAAGCUUUAGACCUUUUCCGUACGUCGCAUCUUACUGUGCCUCAAAAGUUAUGUUAUCGUUUUUGUGUGAAGCAAUAGAUCGCGAGUGGCCCACAGUGAGAGUUCAGUGUUUGACACCUGCGCUUGUAGCAACAAAAAUGACGCAUUAUGAUAACAACUAUAAGUCGUUGUUCGUGAAAAAUGCGAAUGAUUUCGCAAAAGAAGCUAUCAAUACAAUUGGCCUGACGAGUAUGACAAGCGGAUGUCUUAAUCAUGAAUUGCAGAUGUUAAUGCGACAUAUGUUCCCAUGGACCCUAUUGAAAUAUAUACUGCUACCGAUUUACUGGUACCAUAAACGAAGGACUGAUACACCCCAAGACAUUCAUGCAGUCACAGCCGACAACAAAAAGGUUUAUUAACUGCCAAGAUCGAAUAUGGUAUAAUGCAAUAAACAUACAUAGCUUCUCACUUUUACCUGCGGCGAUUUUUUGAGAAUCAUGUGUCAGUAAACAUCAUCACCAUUUCCCUGAAUUCAAAAGUUAAUCCAGAGAAAGUCAUCGGUAGAAAAUAUUUUGCUUCAGAUUUAUAAUCAUUGAAAUCAAGG